AUGAUGUUAAAAAGUGCGUGGCCUGUGACUCGUUCAGGGAACCCUUUGGCGUUUGUGCGGAAUAUUGCUCAGCUCACGUCUUUGCGGUCUAUUCCAGCAGCCAGAACCGAACCUAAGCCGGUGAACCAUUCAUUGGAAUUAUCCAAUCAACGAAAGAAGCUUUUGGCCCGUCCAGGGUUAUUAGGCACCAAAAGAGGUAUGAUUUCAUGGUUUACUGAUGAUGGGAAACACUAUGCAGCCACUGUUAUUGAGAUAGAAUCGUGUGAAGUGCUUGCAAACAAAACAGUUGAUUCUGAUGGAUACACCUCUGUACUUUUAGGACAAAUAGACAAGAUGAAGAACAUAUCAAAUGGAAGAUUGAAACUCUUUGAAAACGCUGGUGUAUCACCUAAACGGAAUAUUGGAGAGUUCAGAGUUAGAGAUGAAUCAGGAUUAAUGGAACCAGGUACAGAAUUAACUGCUGAUUAUUUUGCUGUUGGACAAAUGGUUGAUGUUAUGGGAGUUACUAAAGGGAAGGGAUUUGCUGGUGUAAUGAAGAGACAUGGAUUUAAAGGUUUAAGAGCUACGCAUGGUGUUUCUAAAGCCCAUAGAUCUGCAGGUUCUACUGGUCCUUCCCAAGAUCCAGGAAGAGUUCUCCCUUUAAAGAAAAUGGCCGGUAGAAUGGGUGGAAAGAAUUCAACUGCUCAAAACUUAGAAGUUUUAUAUGCUAAUGGUGAAGCAGGUAUUUUAGUGGUUAAAGGUCAAAUCCCAGGUCCUAAUAAAGCAUUUAUCAAAAUUAGAGACUCAAAGUCUUUAUAUGGAAAGUCAUUGAUUCAAGUUGGACUUGAAAAUCAAUAG